GAUGGCACAAGUUCUAGCAAUUAGCAUGAAGAGGAGAGUGGAAGUAGUUCAUGGGGAGCUCUUUAGUUUCUCCCUCCUUAAUGUGCCCAAAAAGCUCAAAACAUUGGAUGCCAUGAAUUUGUCGCCUUUUGCCGAAACCUUGCUUGAUUAUGGCUUGAGCGAAGAGAUCGAAGUUAACAUGCACUCAGAUCAGGUUCCUGAUAUCAAGAUAGUCGAGGAAGAGGAGAUCGACGAAGCAGAAAAUAUGCACUAUUUCGAGGUCCCCUACUUUAUGGCAGAAGAAGCAGAAGCUGCAGAAAUGGAAAUGGAAGACGAGCGCGAGGAAUUCGAGGAACACAACAAUACACUUCAGGCUCCUAUAUUUUGGACAGGUUUUUUCUGAGGGAGGAGAAACUUGUUUGAUUGGGAGGGAAGGGAAAUGAAAUGCCUAUUACAUGGAAAGGGAGAUGAAAAACUUAAGUAGGAUUUUGUGUUUAAUAUAGCCUGAAAAUAAUGUGUGUGAUUUUUGUUGCAAAAUUUGUUCAAUUAAGUAGUUUUAGUAUGCACUAUUUCAGUGUCAGUACUAAGAUUGUAAGAAGCAUCUCUAAUAUUAGAUUCAGUGUU